CACAAGAAAGCGGACAGCGACUCACAGCUCAAACUUUACAGCGGCCAUCAUGGUUCUCAUUUGGACCCAGUUCGGUGUCAAACACAAAAAUGUCAAUGUGAAAUGCAAAGUGCGGGUUAUGCACAGAGGUGACAGCUCUGGCUCUUCAUCUUCAGCGGAAAGUGUCAAGUCUGAACAAGAAAGCCCUUGUCUGGCCAUCAAACCUUCUGGUAAAGACUUCUACAAAGUACUGGGUGUGUCACCGGACUCCAAUGAGGAUGAGAUCAAAAAGGCCUACAGGAAGUUGGCUCUGAAGUUUCACCCUGACAAGAAUAGUGACGCUGAAGCUGAAGACAAAUUCAAAGAGAUUGCUGAGGCUUACGAGAUUUUGACUGACCCCAAAAAGAGAAACAUUUAUGAUCAGUUCGGAGAGGAAGGUCUCAAAAAUGGCAUGGCAAACCAAGGUAACCUCUUUCGCAGUAAUUUCCAGACCGAUCCCUCCUUCUCCUCCUCUUUCCACGGCUCAGACUACUUUGACAUCUACUUUGGCCAAGAUGAUGAAGACCUGUUCAACCCGUUCCGGCGCUUCACCUUCAGUCGUGUGGGGGGCUACACAUGCCGUGAAGAUGGGCAGCUUCACAAGAGCAAGGUAGAGGUGCACGAGCUGCUGGUCACUCUGGACGAGGUGAUGCAUGGUUGCACAAAGCAUGUAAAGAUCACUCGUAAACGCCUGAAUCCUGAUGGCCGCAGCAUGCGAUCUGAAGACAAAGUGCUCAAUGUGGUGGUGAAAAAAGGGUGGAGAGCUGGGACAAAGAUCACCUUCCCUCGAGAGGGAGAUGAAACACCAAACAACGGCCCUGCUGACAUCACAUUCAUUCUCAAGGACCAGGAACACCCACAGUACAGGAGAGAGGGCUCCAAUAUUGUCUACACAGCCAAAAUCACCUUAAAGGAGGCACUGUGUGGCUGUACCAUUAACGUGCCUACACUUGACAGCCGAAUGAUGCCUUUGCCGUGCAGUGACAUUAUUAAACCUGGUGCAAUGAGACGUCUACGUGGUGAGGGUCUGCCUCUGCCCAAGAGCCCAUCACAGAAAGGGGACUUGGUGGUGGAGUUCCAGGUGCUCUUUCCUGACAGGAUCCCGCCCCAAUCCAGAGAGAUAAUCAAACAUAGUUUAGCCAAAUGCUAGCUCAUCUUUCAAAACAUGACACAGGAUCGCCAUGUGUGCAUUGUUGACAAUUCAGAGCCUUACUCAAGGGUGCUAGUAUUGUAACCAUUCACAACCUAUUAUGGUGAAUAGAGAGGAGAGAAUGCUACAGCUGAAUGCACAUUGAACAGUGGUAUGUGAGGUGAAGAUGAUAGUGACUUCAGAAAAAAUGGUCUCUGAUGUAGCUUAGUUAGCCUCUGGUGUGACUGAAAAGGAUAUCUGUACUGUUAUACAGUACAGUCACAGAACAAGACUGUGCUACUCAAGUCUGUGUAGACUUCCUUAAAGCUGAAAGGGAAGGAAACGGCUUAUAUGGUUUUCAUAUGACUAUUUUUAUAAUAGUGCUGAUAUAAUUGUGUACAAAGAUUUACUUUGUGUACAAAAAACAACAAUACUGUCUCUAAGAGAGAUUCACAUGUGAAAUGUUCUAUUGAAUGAUCUGAGAUGUUUGUAUAGAUUCUGUAAUAUAUCCCAUUAGUGCAUUCCUACAAUGUAAAGACUACAA